AUGGCUCUACUACCAUAUUUACUGGAUUAUGAAAUGAGACCUCGUCGAAUUCGUGAUCAGCUAUUUGGACUGGAUCUAGCCCACGAUGAUUUUCUCUCGGAUAUCCUGGACAGACCCUUAAGGAACUAUAUGCGUCCGUGGAGAAACCUUUCUAAUCUAGCACGGGACGUCGGAAGCACUAUUAAAACGGACAAAGAUAAGUUCCAAGUGAAUUUAGACGUGCAGCAUUUUGCACCUGAAGAAAUAUCUGUCAAGAUUACUGACAACUAUGUAGUGGUUGAAGGUCAACACGAGGAGAAGAAAGACGAGCACGGAUACAUCUCCAGACAGUUUAAACGAAGAUAUUUGAUACCAGAAGGAUGUAACGCUGAAGCUGUCGAGUCCAAGCUGUCUUCAGAUGGAGUUCUAACGAUCACCGCUCCUAAAUUACCUUCAGAUAAAGGUGAGAGGAUCAUACCCAUUUCACAAACUGGUCCUGUGAGGAGGAAAUUGACUGAUUCAGAGGACCCUCAGCCAAAUGGAGAAGCAGCUGAAGAGACCAAGACCCCGCAGAAGAAGAGAAGGCGAUAA